AUGUCUGAGUUAGCGCCGGAGGUGUCAUUGCCGUCGCGGAUAGCUUCUUUGGUACAUGCUCAUUUCGAUGCAUUGCCCACAAAGUGUAAACCAACUAUUUUUCCCGAUGGCUCUAAGGAGUGGAUCCCGAUGACCGGAAUUGUAGCUGUCAAGGGUAUGUGGAGUGGCGCAAAAUGUUUAUCAGCAUCUCAUAUUCCAAGGUGUCGAGGUCUCGUUCUUCAUGAUUGCCAUGCGGAGAUUUUAUCCAUCCGUGCUUUCAACUACUGGCUCUUGACGGAAUGUCAUGGCUUAAUGGCCGAGGAGCAGCUUGAGAAUACCAAACCUUCUCCAUCGCCAUUCAUUCGGAGAAGAGAAUUACAAUAUGACUGCAACGAUUCAUCAACUGCGUCCAUAGAUUGGCCACCUUAUGAGAUUCAGCCCGAUGUCAAACUAUACAUGUAUUGCACCUGUGCUCCAUGUGGCGAUGGAAGCAUGGAGCUAUGCAUGGCCGCUCAAGAAGAUGCAACGCCAUGGGAAGUGGUGCGGGAGACCCAUCAUACCUCAGGGGCACAGGAAGGACCUGCUACAAUGGAGAACAGUCUCCUUGACGGCCGAGCUCAUUUCUCCCUUCUGGGCGUUGUACGUCGCAAACCAGCACGCACAGACGCGGAGUCGACGCGCAGCAAAUCCUGCUCGGACAAGCUCGCAUUGAAGCAGGUUUCUUCAUUAAUAUCCUGGCAGACUAGUCAGCUGGUUGCUCCAACACAGAAUGCCUACCUGGCGGGACUUGUUCUUCCUGAAGACGAAAUUAGUCAAAUCGCGUGUGAUAGGGCUUUUGGAGAGAAUGGUCGAAUGAAGGCUUUACGAGGACGCUCCUGGCCGUCUGGUACCCCAGGUCGAAUCGGGUACCAAUUCCAUCCGUUCCAGAUUCUGUCUGUGCCUGCCGAGGAAGUUCAGGCACUUUGGACGUUUGCGAAACCAAAAUCGAUUAUUGCGGAAUCGACAGACACUGUGGUCACUCCAAAAAAGAGUAAGCCGGGCAAUGUCAGCGCGGUGUGGACCUUAGCUCCAUCACAUUCGCAUACUUGCGCAGCGCUAUCGGAUACCGGCAGCAAGCAAUUGCCCUCGCUCUUUAAAUCCAGGACUGGCUUAUAUGAAAGCAUUAUUGGAGGGGUGAAGCAGGGUAACAAGCCAUCCUCGCCUAUUCCACGGGGUGCUUCAGCACUGUCUCGGGCGAAACUUUGGGCUCUCGCUUCAGACGCCAUCAAACGAGGAGAACAGCAGAUGAGUACGACCGCUGAGGCCCUUCCAGAAACAUCCUUGCAAGAAAAUUCAAAUACCCACACGUAUAAAAACAUGAAGGAAGCUCGAAAUAAGGUAUCAUGCCCCCUUCAUAUUCGUGAGGAAGCCAUACGAGACGCUAGAGAGUCUCUGAAAGGAUGGAUACGAAACUUGGGAGAUGAGAGCUGGGGACUAGAUGUUUUGGUAGAUCCUAAGAAGCGAAAACGCUGA